AUGCUACGUAGCUAAUGAGCCCAAUACAACAUCCUGAAGUGAAGGCAUCUGUCUGAACUUGGAGCUAGAGCCCUGGAAAUAAAAAAAGCUAGAAAAUCUGAAACAUGGCCACAGACGAGCUCUCGUCCAAGCUCAGCCGCCGGCUCCAGAUAGAAGAAGGAGCCGAGGAGCCUGUUGCUGUGGACCUCUUUGGGACCCAGGAUAGCUCGGAAGACAAACCGAGUACAGCCAACGCAGACUCGGAGCUCGGCGCGAAGCUACAGCGGAGAGAGGAGCUGAACGAGGGGCAGGGGGAACACCAGCAGCCCAGCAUGAAGGUGUUAAACCCCUACACCGAGUUCAAAGAGUUCUCCCGGGGCCAGAUCAAGGACAUGGAGAAGAUGUUCAAAACGUGAGUGUGUGAGAGUCUGCCACAACACUUCCAGAAACAUGUCUAAAUGUGAAACAUGCCUCCUGCCGCUGGCAGCCAUUUGAGCCUGAGAGAAGAGAGAAGUACAGCUUGCUCAUAUAAGGAAGUGGAGCGGGCACGUUGCUCCGGCCGGACACUUCCUAAUACACCUAUAAUGUCAGUGUUUUUCUACCUUACAGUACAGGUGUAGCCAGCCAAAAGACACGUCUUGAAUGUUAAUUGUAAGAGAGUCUAGGUGAUAGAGUGUUAGUGUUGUUCAUGUUUAAAGAAAGGCUUAAAGGCAGCAGGAAGUCGGAACUGCUGAUCCCAGGGGCGUUGUAAUUGAUGGGAGAUGAGAUUCAUAAGUGAACUUAAACAUAGUUUAAUCAUUAACAAAAUAAUCAGUACUGAAAGCUGCUGCUCAAUGUCUGGUUAUAAAGCAGGCUAGCCUAGACCUAUAUUGGUGAAGCCUCAGUGGUUGCAGGGUGGGGACAGUCAGUGAUAAGGUAAUAGAUCAGAUGCUUGCUCCCCCCCUGUGUUGUCCUUUGCCUGUUCAUGUAAUGUUCAUGUUCAAUUUUCUUGUCCAAUAUGUUGUCUUCUGCCUGUUCACCCCCUUUCUGUACUUUUAAUUUUU